GUCACAUGUGUCACUGAACCAGGAAGUGUUUUGGCGUGACGCGAGCACAUGCGCCGCUUAUCAUCACAUCAUACCACAAUCAUGCAGCUACACUCAUAAUUUAGUGCAAUCUGCAUGUGUGUGUUAUCAGUAGAGAUGAUGAGCCAUGCGUAUGAUUGUGGAGAUGUGCGCUCUGCACCUGAAGUCUUCACGCGAGUCUUGGAGAAAUGUUUUGGAGUUAUAAGUGAAUGAUGGGUCAAAAAGCAAGCUACUCUGAAUACGGGUCAUGGAAAAUCUAGAAAACUCGACAGAUUGUAAGGAGACUGCGUCUCCACUAAACAAUUCAGGGUCUUUAUUGAACAACACCGAUUCCCGUCCUGAUGGCAGAGCUAUGGGGUUUGUGCUGGUGCAUGCAGGGGCAGGGUAUCAUUCAGAAUCCAAAGCCAAGGAAUACAAACAUGUGUGCAAGAGAGCUUGCCAGAAAGCUGUGGACAGGCUCAGAGCUGGAGGAAUGGCGCUGGAGGCCGUGACAGCAGCUCUUAUCGAGCUAGAGGAUUCCCCAUUUACCAAUGCGGGUACUGGUUCCAACCUGAACCUGUCAGGUGAGAUUGAGUGUGAUGCCAGCAUCAUGGAUGGGAAGUCCUUAAACUACGGAGCUGUUGGAGCCUUGAGUGGAAUCAAGAACCCGGUGCUGGUCGCCAGAAGACUAUUAAGUGAAACUCAGAAGGGGAAGCUUUCAGCUGGCAGGAUCCCUCCCUGUUUUUUAGUGGGCAAAGGAGCAGAACAGUGGGCCAUCAGCCAUGGUAUUCCAGCAUGCCCUACAGAGAAGAUGACCACCAAGUUCAGUUUGUCAGGCUACAAGAGGAACAAGAGGAAGAUGGAGCUGGCGGAGCAGGUUGAGAUGAAGAGGAAAAGACAAUCAUGUGAACAUGAGAAUGAUUUUGGCUGCUUGGAGCCUGUAAGAGACCUCAUGGUGGAAGGUGAGGAGAAUAACUCGGCCUGUCUGGACACGGUUGGUGCGGUUGUGGUGGAUCGGGAAGGGAAUGUGGCGGCUGCAGUUUCCAGCGGAGGUCUUGCCAUGAAACACCCGGGUCGGGUGGGACAGGCUGCUCACUAUGGUUGUGGCUGCUGGGCUGAAAACGCCCGUGACAUCAGCCUUUACUCUACAGCUGUGAGUACCUCAGGCUCUGGAGAGCAUCUGAUUCGCACCAUGUUGGCCAGAGAGUGCUCUACUGCCAUGCAGGCUGAAAACACACACCAGGCCCUACUGGAGGCUAUGCAAAACAAAUUCAUCAGUUCGCCGUUCCUGGCUGGUGAAGACUGUGUUCUGGGUGGGGUGAUCGUUCUGAGGUGCUGCACAUGUGGAGAAGCCCAGCGCUCUGAAGACAUCCAGGCUGUGCUGGUGGAGUUUCUAUGGAGCCAUACAACAGAGAGCAUGUGUGUGGGAUACAUGUCUGCCCAGGACAGUAAAGCCAGGACUCACAUAUCCAGACUUCCUCCUGGGGCGGUGGCCGGACAGUCACUGGCAAUCGAGGGUGGAGUUUGUCGACUCGGGACCGUGAGUGACUGAAGCGGUGUGAAAUCACCCUCUAUUUCUUCAGCAAUAUGCCAGCGCCAGGAUCUUUAUAGCAAGAGCUUGACAUUGUGUCAUUGUACACAAAAACAUAAAGGGACAAAAAGGUUGCAAUAUGUAUUUUCUUCCAUCUUUUUCUUUCUUAACAGAUAUAAACACAUUUAUUCAUUUAUUCACAAUGAUUCCAAAUAUUAUUAUUUAUACAAUCCUUUUAUAAUACCUACCAUACUACUUUUGCGCCCUGUUCACAGACAUAGCAUAGACUGUUUUACUGUCACUUGAGGGGAGGUAAGGGGAGUGGGGGGCGCAGGGUUAGCAGGGUAACUUGCAUAAGGCGUCUGCUAAGAAAAGGACAUGCCAACUGCACUUCAGGACUAGUGUAUUGCUCUGGUUUUAGUGGGCUUCCAAGAAACUCAGCUUCUAGUAUGUGCUGGACAAAACUUGAUGCUCCAUUUCUAUUUCUCUUUGAAACAAUAUGCACCGUCCUUAUCAUUGUAAAUAAGCUAAGGGUUGUUGAAACAGGGUGGCCAUUGAUGUAAAUGUCUUAUUGGUUUUUUUGCUUACUUGAAAUUUAAUAUUACUUUUAUUAUUAUGUUUUUAUAUAUAGCCAAGAUGCUUGUUUUGUGCAAAAGUUCAGUUUAGUGACUUAGAAAAAAGUCUGAUUUGACGUGUGCUUGCCGUGAGUCUGGUUGAGUUGCAGAAGCAUAUACAGUGUGGCAUACAGGAUAAAAUCCUUUUUGAAAUUACAAUAAUUGCCUUUUCAUUUGACUUUUUUAAACCAAUGUAUAGCAUUUCAGUUGGAUGAAUAGUUCACCCAAGAAUUUUUUUUUUUUUGUCAUUUGCACAUUCUCGUGUCAUUCCAAACCUGAACAACUAACAUUCUUCAGUGGAGAAGCUUGAUUUCAUUAAGAGUAUUCUGGCUGUUUUCAUAUAAUAAGCUUUAAAACAAUUAAAAAGAACCAAAGUAUCAGAAAAAUAUCCACAUGACUUGUGCACUAUAUUCUUCAGAACUCAUACUGAACUUGUGUACAGGUCACAUGACAGUUUGGUGCUUUUGCAUCCUUUUUAUAGUUUCAAAUAUUCAGUCCCCGUUUAUUGAAAUUGCAUGGAAAAGUGAUCUUUCUGUUCUUUUGUCUUUCAUGAAAAUGUUUGUGCAGAUUUGAAUGACAUGAGUGUGUGUAAUUUUUAGGUGAACUAUACCUUUGAAGAGUGAGAUUAUUCUCAAAUCUAAUGAUAUGCACUGUUGAAAAUAAGUAAAUUCGUGGAUGUUAGACUUUCACCACAAAGUUGAUGGCAGUAGGAUCUCAGAAAGAUCUUCUAAUGAGACUAGAUGCACAUGCACUUUUGCCCAGUGUCUUACAAAAUAAGCGCUCUACUUUGACUAACUGCACUGCUUGUGAGUGUACUAAGAACAUGGCGCAUGUUGUGUAAUCCAAGUAUGCAUUUCUUUUGCAUACUGUGAGUUCACUUGACCUUGUUUGAAAGUUGCAUUAUGCACUUCUGUGGUUGAGCUGUAUUAACAGGUGAACAGCUUUGUGUGUUUUCUAAUGCCAUGUAUAGUGCUCAGGAGAUGAGACCCCAAAAAGCAAGCUAAAAAAUGACUGUUAGUCCAUCUUUGAAAAUGCAAAAUAUAUUUUAGGUCUGUAUUUUAUAAUGGCAGAAAAAAAUGAAAGGAUCUUGAAAAUGUAUUUAUAAAUUA